AUGACUGACCAAAUACCAAACAAAUACAAAGAAUUUGAUUAGCAAAUUCCCAAGGACUUACUAGGAGGUCCUCGUAAAGAUAGAGGCUGCACUGAUUUAUCAUGCUGUUUUAUCUUUACUCUUUUCAUAGUCCUAACAAGUGUCAUUGCCUUUUUGGGUAUGUCUACUGGUAAUCCCGCCAUUUUAGCAUAGCCUUUUGAUAUGGAUAGCUAGCCUUGUGGUGUGUAAGAAAAUGCAGACUAUCCUUUGAUUUAUUUCCCCUCACCCAAAAGUUUAAAGAAAAAUGUAUGCGUAAAGUCUUGUCCUAACGCAAACUCAACCUCUAUUGAGUGUUUAAAAAACACCAUUUGCCCUGAUGGAACUUUGACCUAAGAUGUUUCAAAAAGUUAACUCAUCUAUGACUCCAUUCCAGUUGCAAAUAGAGUCUGCAUUCCUAUUAAUUAAGAAUAUUACAAACAAAUCAAGACUGUCCUUAAUGUUGAAGGAGCUUAACAAAUUGCUUCUGAUUUGAGAAAUACUUGGAUGAUUUGCAGCUCCUCUAUUUUGAGCUCUAUUAUUCUUGGUUACAUAUUCAUGUACUUAGUUAACUUCCUUGCUGGUAGUCUUGUAUGGAGUUUCGUUAUUAUGAUUUUUUCUGCCCUCACCUCUCUUGGCUUGCUCUUCCUUUUCUAAUACAUAAAGCUCACCAAUCCUCCUUAAUUAGAUAAGACAAUUACUGAUAGCAGUGCCUAUAAGCUUGCUGAAGAUGCUAUGAGCAACUUCAAGGACAAAGAUGAGGUUCUUGUUGCUGCUAUUGUUUUACUUUCCCUUGCUUUGGUCUUUAUUGUUGCUAUCUGCUGUCUCUGCGAAAGAAUCAGAUUAGCUAUUAAUGUCCUAAAAGCCUCUGCUAGAUUCAUGACUGAAAAUCCUAGAGUUACUCUUAUUCCAAUUGUAAGUUUCCUUAUUAGUACUGCCUUUUUCGUUGCCUGGUUUAUCAUAGCUAUUUACCUUUACUCUUCAGGUGGUGUCUCUAAACAAACAGGACUUUAUCCUUUUGGACAUGUUUAAAUCACUUGGGAUAUUAAGACUUUCGGAUGGAUUCACUUAUUUGGUUUAUUCUGGUUUGAAUCUUUCUUUGCUGCUUGCUAAUAAAUGAUUAUCAUUGGUGCAGUUGCUUUCUGGUACUUUAAAGUUGAAGAAAUCGAUGACUCCAACACCACCAUGGGUGCUAAGCUCUUCUUCAAAAACCAUAUGGGUACUGCUGCCUUUGGUUCAUUCAUUCUUGGUGUUCUAUCCUUCAUUAAAUUCUUAUUGAAAUUAAUUUCUGAUUCUGCUGAAAAUAUGAAGAAGAAUAACGAAGGAAACUAACUCACUGAUUUCAUUUACAAGGCUUUAUAUUGCUUUGUUGUAGUCUUUGAGAAAUUCUUUAAGCACUUAAACUAAUCUGCUUAUGUUUGGACUAUGAUGGAUGGUAAAGGUUUCUGCGAAUCCGCCUCUAAGGCCUUCUCAAUUAUGGCAGCAAAUCCUAUUAGAAUGGCUUUGGUUGCUGGUAUUGGUGAAUUAUUCGAAUUUUUAGGUUGUGCAGCUAUUAGCGGUGUUAUUACUUUGGGAUCUUAUUUCGCUCUUACAAGAACUGACUAUUAUGUAGCUAGAGUUGAAAAUCCUUUGGUUCCUUGCCUCGUCAUCGCCAUCACCAGUUAUUAUGUUGGAAGUUUCAUUAUGAGUUUGUUUGGUACUGUAAGUGAAGCCCUUAUUACUAUGUUCUGCAUCGAAGAAGGUAUGAUGAUUGCUAUUCCUCAAAGAAAGUGCCCUCAAGAAUUAAAAGACUUCAUGGAUGGUGUCGAAAAUCGUUGA